AAAAAAGCUAGAAUGGCAUCUCUGAGAUAUGCAGUUGAGAAGAUAUUUUGGAAUGGCUUUGAAAUACAUUGACAUAGGAGCCAACCUGACGGAUCCCAUGUUCCAGGGGUGCUAUGGCGGAUCACAAAAGCACAAAGCCGACCUGGACAUUGUUUUGGACCGCGCGUGGCAACAGGGAUUGCAGAAAAUAAUCAUCACAGCCGGUUGCCUGAAGGACGUGGACGAGUCCUUAGAGUUGGCUUCAAAAGAUGAACGCCUCUUCACUACUGUAGGAACACAUCCCACGCGCUGCGAUGAAUUCCUUGCAGAUCCGGAGGGUUACUACGCCCAGCUCCGGUCUAAGAUUGAGGCCAACAAGGAAAAGGUUGUAGCCGUGGGAGAAUGCGGUCUGGACUACGACCGACUGCACUUCUGCGGCCAAGAGACCCAACGCCAGUACUUCGAGAAGCAGCUGGACCUGGCGGCGGAGUUCGGGCUACCUUUGUUCCUACAUAUGAGAAAUGCAGCCGAGGACUUCAUGGCCAUCCUGGAACGGAAUCGAGAAAAGCUCAAGGCCUGUGGCGGGGGAGUAGUCCACAGCUUCACCGGGACCCUGGAGGAGGCUCAGAGCAUCUUGGCGUUUGGAGGACUCUACAUUGGGAUCAAUGGAUGCUCUUUAAAGACGGAGGAGAACGCAGAAGUGGUUCGCCAGCUGCCAAAUGAUCGUAUCAUGCUGGAAACAGACUGUCCCUGGUGUGGGAUACGUCCAUCGCACGCGGCCAACAAGCAUGUGGUCACCAAGUUUCCAACCGUCAAGAAAAAGGAGAAGUGGACACCAGAGUCCUUAGUGGACGGUCGAUGCGAACCGUGUCAGAUAAGCCAAGUUCUAGAAGCUAUUGCUGGCCUGAAGCAGGAGCCCAAGGAGAAGCUGGCGGAAAUCUUCUACCAAAACACGGUGGACUUGUUUUUUUCGAAACAAAAGAACAACUGAGGAGAAUAAAAAACGGCUGUGCAUUUACAUUCAAUGCGUUUACAUUUAUUUUAUUAUUGUGUCUCAUGUCUAAAUGCAAAUGAAUUCAAAAAUA